AUGAAUCUUGACCCAGCAGCUGAAAAAUUUGAAUAUGAUCCAACCAUAGAUAUUCGAGAUCUCAUAACGUUGGAAGACGUCAUGGAGGAAUUACAAUAUGGGCCUAAUGGUGGAUUGAUAUACUGUCUUGAAUUUUUGUUGAACGAUAUGGAUUGGCUGGAAGAAGAGCUAGGAGAAUACGAGGAUGAUUACUUGAUCAUCGACUGCCCAGCAAUGAUUAAUCUAGAAAUACCGCAUAUAAACCUAUUAUCCAAGAUGGAUAUAAUAGGGAAAGUUAAGAAGAAGGAAUUGGAUAGAUAUUUCGAUCCCGAUCCCCUAUUAUUAGCCGAAGAAGCCAAUAGCUCCAUGAACCCAAAGUUCCACGACUUAAACCGUGCUAUCGUACAAUUGAUUGAUGACUAUAACAUGGUUAGCUUUCUUCCACUAAACAUCACCGACGAAGAUUCUAUAACUGCGGUGAUGUCGCAUAUCGACAAUGCGUUACAAUUCGAAGAAGAUCAGGAACCUAAAGAGCCAAAGCAAGCGGUUGGAAUGAUUGAUUAA